GCCCCUCGGUCGCUGCUUGCUCCAUGCUGCUGGAGCGGGGUCAUCGCCGCUGCCGUCGAGCCAGGGGCCGACAUCCUAGCUCUGGAAGCACAGGUGUUGCUGCUGUCCAAUCACCACCUGCUGCGUUCGAGUGCCCGCUUCGGGCGCCGCCUGCUGGCGCUCGUCGACAACUUGCCGCUCUGCCUCGCUGUGUCGAAGGGCCGUGACACCUCGCCGCUGCUGAAGUUGCCUCUGCUCAAGAUCGCCCUGCUGUCGCUCGCUUUGGACUCGCGGCUUCGGUGGCGAUGGGCCUCGCCCCGGCGCCGAGUGGCCUCCGGGCCGACCGAUGCUGUCCGCCAGCGGGUGCGGCUGGCCGCGGGGCUGGUCGCGAGCGUGGCGCCUAGCGGCGCGCUGGGCCACCUGGAACGGGCAGCGGUCCGCUCAGCGACGCAGUCGGCGUGCGGGGCGCUGCUAGGCGGCCUGCCGGUCAAGUGCUCGGCCCGCCUCUUUGCCUUGACCGUCGCGGCGGAGCUUGACGGGGCGUCCGCGGCGUACCUGUGCUGCGGGUUCACCAACGGCAAGGUCCCCAGCAAGGGGUCGCAGCUCCAGGCGGCGCUGGUCCACUGCGCUCCAGGGCUGGCGGGGCGGAUGGCCAUCAUUGUGGCCUUUUCUUUCUCGGCCUACCUGCGGCCCUUGGAGGCGAUGCUGCUUGCCCGGGCACGCCCGGUCCCGCGCGUGGCUGUGGCGGCCGCGCGGCUCUGCAGCUGCGGCCUCUUCGUUAACCCGCCUGGCGCGCGGUUUCCGGGCGCGGCGAAUUUUGGGGGCGAGUCCGUCCACCUGGACCUGGUGGGCCCGUUUGCGUGGCCAGUCUUUGCGCGACUGAAGGUGGUGGCGGGCCCCGCGCA